AAUUGCUAUAAAUUGGUUGCGUCCCCGAGAAUCGUCUUGUGCUUGUGCGUGAUUCGAUCACAGUCAGGUUUUAUUAUAUUAAUUCAUAUAAGUAUAAAAAUUCGUAUCUUUUCUCAUUAAUUCAGUUCCCAUAAAUCAUGGCAAUAGCCACCAAAAAUGAACCUGUUAACGAAAAUGGGAUUAAUCAAGAAACCUGUACGAGUAGAUGUUUUGGUUGGGUCGGAGCACGGCACUUCACAGUUUUUAUGUUAUUUUUGGGAAUGGCAAAUGCUUACAUUAUGAGAACAAAUAUGUCGGUAGCAAUUGUUGCUAUGGUCAACACGUCAUCAUCGUCUACCGAAUAUUCAAACGAAUGCCCUUCUCUGGCAAACAGUACAGAUGAGGUUCUAAUUUUUUUAUUUUAAAUUAUACAUAAAUAUUAUAUUUUAUUCCA